AUGUUCAAGUACACUCCUCCUUGGCAGGUGCUGUGUAACAGCAUGGAGCAUGAGACCAAGGUAAGACAACCCUUACCACAAACACAAAAUGGCAGGUGUAGUUGCAACAAUUUAAAAGGGAUCCUGAUUGUAGGCUAGCAAUUUGUUUUGCUUUGACAUCAUUCUCAGUGUUUCCCCCCUCAUUUACCAACAAUCAACAUUCCACACAGUUGGAUCUGCAUUGUUAAUGUUUGUACCACAACCAUUGCAGCCUAGAUUCUUCUUAUGGUAUCCAUGAUCUUGAUUUCUGUUUAAACAAUGGUGUUCAUUGGUUUAAAAGUAAUUUUGGACAAAUGCAUCACAAUAGUACCCACUUUAAUGUCUAUGGCAUGUUUAAUCUGUAAUGCGUUCUAUUCCUAGAUUUUAAAACCAUAGUGGUGUAAAGUAGAUAUACCUGUGCAAUCAAACAUUCCUAAGCUAACUGAGAUCCAUAUUAUAUGUUUUUCAUGACCCUUUCAAGUCUUUAUUCAGAGUGAUAAAGUUGAUUGAGAUACUCUAAUGAUUGGUGUACAUGCACAAGGUAGUCACUAGAAAGCAGUAAAGCUAUGUUCAGUGUGAACCUUCCCAUUUCUCAAAGCGAAUGCCCUCUAUCAGGGGUGUCAUGCAACCCAAAAAUCAAACAAACAACAUUUGUGAGGAUGGCUGGGGGGUGGAAAGUGGAGAACACCUGAAACAGCUUUUUCCCUGCAACUUAGAGCCAUAAUCAUUAUGCUUAAUUAGAUGUAAAAAAAAUAUGUAUAUUUUUCUCUGCAUAUUUUACAUUUACAUUUUAGUCAUUUAGCAGACGGUCUUAUCCAGAGCAACUUACAGUUAGUGAGUGCAUGCAUUUUUUUUCAUACUGGCCCCCUUGUGGGAAUCGAACCCACAACCCUGGCGUUGCAAACGCCAUGCUCUACCAACUGAGCUACACAGGGCCACAAUCUAAGUAAUUCAUAUUUAGGCCAUGAUGACUCAAGCUCUUCCACUGGACUACCUGUAGCGGGGACAUCAUCCUCUCAGGUGAACUUCAACCCCAAAGGAAGAUUAUUCUUGAACAGUUCACAGGCAAGAUAUUGAUGAUGCCUCAGUACUUGUAAACAGUGUUCUUUUCUGUUCUUGUUUCCUUAUGAGACCAAUGAUGGGUAAAGGGAAUGGAUAUGUUUCCGUAAGUUUAUCAACUCAGUGGUUAUGAAGGAAAGGAGAAGGAAGCUUCUGCACUUGGACACAAAAUUAUUAUCACCAGGAAAUUAGCCUACUCUUUCCCUUAAGUCAGGGUUCUCCAACUCCAGUCCUCGAGAGUUACUGGGUGAGCAGGCUUUUGUUUCAGCCUAGCACUCACUGACCAGUUACAAAUAAUCAACUAAUUGCGGUCUUCAGUUUGGACCACAGGUCAUUUUAAUCUGGGUCAUCUUGUUUGAUAGAUUUGCAUUGGCGAUGUGAAAGGGUUUCUCUUCUCUCCCUAUCUUGUUAUAGCGGUCUGUCAGUCUCAUGCACUUUUCCCUGUUCGGUCAGAGGGUGUGGCUUCAAUAACUGACAUGAUAUUGGCUGAACUUUGCCUGCGCUCUAGGGUGCUCAAAAGACAGACAGAGCGCGGGAGACAAGACAACAGAAAAACGUGUCUUGUUUGCGGUAUACUAAUUAAGGUAGGGUUCAUUACUUCAUUUUCCCAAAUUAUGAACUGUACUUUUGAUCCAAAUGCAUUUCAACAGCAUUAUCGCUACUUAUAUUAUCUAUGAAUUGUAAGCACUUUGGUUCAGUGGCAGUUGGGUGAGCAGGUGCAUUAGUCUAGAAGAGACACUAUGGUUGGAUUUGCCAUCUCGUCACACUGUCUACAUUACUGAAUAAUGACCUCUACUUCUUUUCAAUAGUUGAUGUCAAAUUAAACCCUUGUGCCUUGACUGAGGGAAGUAAGCCGAAUGUAGGUCUAUUUUUCUAUACACCUUUUGUGUUUAUCAAGUGGUGGCUGUUCUCCAUGUUUCUCCAAAUGCUACAUCCUACCCUAUUUGAAGAGUACCUUGCAUACCCCCGGUCUCUGUAGCUACACAACUUAUACCCAUGGGAACACUCCAGUACAUUGUUAAAAUGUCCUCUUUUUUUAAUUAGUAGAGCUUUAAUGAGCAGUUGGCAUACUUGUCUUUCCAAGACCAUGAAAACUGGUUUGAAAUCUGUAUGGUCGACAGUCAUAAGCUGUAGGGUAUGACAUGUAUUUGGGCAUUUAUUUCAGACAGUCGAUGAGUAAAUGUAUUGGCCUUGAAUAAGUCUAAAGGUUAUGAUAGGGACGACUUAUCUGUAGCGAAAUCUUAAUUUUGCCCUAAUUUGUUGUAUUAUCUUGUGUGGUAUAUGCAACUUGCCUUUGGCCUUAGUUGAUCCAUGCCACAAUAGGCACUUUGUUGACAGGGACUAAUGUACGUUUUGUACAUACAUACACACACACACACACACACCAGUGUGAGGUAAUACAUUAGUGGGGGCAAGGAGACUUGUGUAUCUCCUGUCCCCCACAGAUCGCUCCUCUUCUCUCUCAGCCAAUGAGCAAAGGGCAGAGGAGCCGAUUCGAGGAAGUGGCGCUGAAAAGAGCUUAUCAGGGGUACACAGUCCACUGUCACACAUGGUCACGCGCGCAUACUCACACUGCAGGCUGCCUUAAAACUCUUGGGAUAGUAUGUAAUGCACUGACGAGCAGUUACAUAUCUUGGUUAUCUUAGCAGUUACACAUCUGCUCGCUGUACUUUUCAGACUGUAUGCCGUACCCAUAAAGUUACCUUUUAACUCAAAAUGGCCGUAUAUUUUCUGAAGAGCGUUUUCUGGGGUCAGCCAAAAGUCUUGGCAUCUCAGGGAAGGUUCGGACUUGGUUUACUCCUGAAAGGUCCAUUCGUCUAGUGUUGUGCAUCUGACAUGAUUAGUUAAUAAUUCUGUGUCAGCAGGGUUACAAUGAGAAUCGUGAAAUGCAGGAUUGUUCUGUCGAUGUCAAUUUUAAAUGACAGAAUGUUGAAUGGAGUGGCAGCUUCCAGGGGCUAUAGGUUUUACUCAUUAGCCAACAUGCUCGAAUAGCAAUGAGCAUGUUAUGCUAUAGUAUGUUGUCAUCCCAAAAGUACUAUAGAGAUUCUAUGUGAUAUUCCUAGUAUUGCUAGUUGCCAUUAAAUAUUUUCCUUUUAAUCCUUUGUGUGGCAUAUUAAAAUGAUUGACAAGUCAACCCGCCAUUGCACCCAGCCUCCAGUGUAGUUAGUAGUUCGUUUUACAUCAGUUUAUUGAAGAGGAACUUAACUGUUUUCAUUGGCCAAGACUAUCUAAUAUCCUGCUCUAGUGCCAGUACUCCCACCUCCAGAUGAGUUGUGCGAGAAAGGAGUGAACACAUUCCUCUCUCACUCCCUCAUGGUUCUUCAUAUAUCUUCUGAUAACUAGGCACUUUGAAAAGGUAUUGUAGCUGCACACUCUAGGUCAGGGUUCUCCAACCCUGUUCCUGGAGCGCUACCCUCCUGUAGGUUUUCCCUCCCACUCCAGUUGUAACUAACCUGAUUCAUUUUAUCAACCAGCUAAUUAUUAGAAUCUGAUGCGCUAAACCUACAGGAUGGUAACUCUCCAGGAACAGGGUUGGAGAACCCUGCUCUAUGUAUAUCAUGGCUGCAGGUUAAGAUUAAUCCAUUGCUUGAAUAAAUUGAUAACAGUUGAUAAUCAAUAAGUACACUGAACAAAAAUAUAAACACAACAUGUAAAGUGUUGGUACCAUGUUUCAUGAGCUGAAAUAAAAGAUCCCAGAAAUUUUCCAUACGCACAUAAAGCUUAUUUCUCUCAAAUGUAGUGCACAAAUGUGUUUACAUCCCUGUUAGUGAGCAUUUUUCAUUUGCCAAGAUAAUCCAUCCACCUGAAAAGUUUGGCAUAUCAAGAAGCAGAUUAAAUGGUAUGAUUAUUACACAGGUGCACGUUGUGCUGGGGAUAAUAAAAGGCCACCCUAAAAUGUGCAGUUUUGUCACACAACACAAUGUCACAGAUGAAAAGUGUUAUGCUACUAAUUUCAUUUUGGUGCCACAAGCUGUAUUCUGUAAUGUCUGUGAAGUGGGAAUAACAGCCAUUGUCACUGUAUGCAAAGAUGUAGCUACUCCAAAAGUGUCUUCAAUAAAAUCUUGAAUUGUAAUUAUGAUAAUUUGGACAGGAGGGCUUGUUUGAUUGGUUAUAACGACCCAGUUGCCACUUGACCAUUAAUCUUUCUUAAUUAUUAUGUUGCUUAAGUGAUGACCCAUUGGCCUAUUUUAAAAAAAAACAAUUAUUGGUUGCAGAGACUCUCAGUUGCUGCACCUGACGAUUCCCAGGAUGUGUUGACCCAGGAGGAGGGAGACCAGAUAGUGUGCCAAUCUCACCAGCUUCCUGCCUCAGAAAUCUCACCGUCUACACAGGAAGACGCCACAUUCCAAGGAACCAUGGAAAGCACACCCAGAAAGUGGGUGCUUCAGCCCAUGUCACCCAAACUGGAGCUGGCAGUAGACCUUCGCACCAUGCUCAGCCCCACCACCGAUGAGCCCUUUAGCCUGGACCGGAACUGGAUCUACAACCGGAAUGGCAACUCUUCGGCUUUCAGUUUUGACAGCAUAUCCGUGACCCGCACCCAGUCCACGGUCAUCGUAUCCUCCCAGCAGAAGGUGUCGUCCCGGGAUGUGGUGGUGCAGUCCAGGCAGGUGGCGGUGUCAGAGGAAGAUGGCGGCAACACCAGCGAAGACUGGCAACCCAGUAGCCCUAGCAGUCCUGGCAGCACGGGCUCCCAACGUGGCUUCUACUCCUUUGUGGAUGAUCCUGCGAGCCCAGAGGCGGAGAUGAACGAAGCCUGGAUGGUGUCCCCAGAGAGACAAGCCAAGUUGGCUACCCUGAAAGAGGAAAGCAGCUUCAAACUGCAGACAUACGCUGGUGGGAAGAAGCCAGGGAGUCUGUUUGAGGAGGACGAGGACUCCCGCUACCAGGUGAACACCAACAAUGGUGCCCAAUUGAAGGCAGAGGAGGAGGAGAAGCAGCUUAGGCAGGAGAUCAUCCACGGUCAAGCCCCCAAAAAGACUGCCACAUUCAGGGAGCAGUGGAGUGCACUGGAAACCCUGGAUCUCAGCAAGUCACCCAACAAGUUGCUCGAAGGGUUCAGCUUGUGCUACGGGCCAAGCAGCACCAAAUCUGAGCCCACACCAGCAGCCGAGCCAGGCACCAUCGACAACGAGCAGAUCAACUUCAGCGCAGCACGGGAGCAGUUCCUAAAGAUGGAACAGUCGAGGCUCAACCCCUUCCUGCAGAGUCCCAGCUCUCUAAAACCACAAAGAAGACUGUGGCAGUCAGAAGACAGCUUGCUAUCACCAAGGAGUGAGAAAAAAGAUUACCACCCUGCGGAAUGGUUUAACCAAAGUCUGACCCCAGUGAAACGUCAGGACAAAGGGAAAGUCGUCACUGGCAGAAAGGUGACAUUGUAUUGCACAGAGGAGAGGGUAACCAAGAGGCAGAGUAGCCUGUUUGAUGAAUUUGACUCUGGACUGGAGGAUCUAUCGGGGGACCCAAGUGUUGGCUACACAAGUGACGGAAGCAUGUCCAAUGACAACCCUCAGCCAGAAAGCAAGGGGACCCAAUCGGCAAGUGGUUACAGAGAAACACCCAUCGAGAGGGAGAUUCGUAUUGCUCAGGAGAGAGAAGAGAGUCUAAGGCGAUUGCGGGGCAUCAAGCACACCGACGUCCAGGAGAUGGUGGAGAUCAAGACCAAGUCUCUGCUCUCCCAGCCUACACCGCCAUUGAUGCCUGUCAAGGCAAAAGAGAAGAACCGGGUGAGCUUCUUCAUCCAGCACGAGAUCGAAAAGGACAGCCAGAGGGAAGAGGACCUGCUGCACCAGGGGAGAGUCCCAGGUCUGUAUGACCGGAGAACUCCCCAGGAACUGGAGGAUAGGAGGAAGAUCUUUGAGCUGCGAGACCAAUCUGGAGCCGAGGAGAAGAGGAAAAGGGCUUGGUCAUCACCCGGGGUCAUUGUGAGGAGUAGCAGCUCAGAUACGGAAGGCUAUCCUUCCCCUUGCUGCCCUCACCGGCACUCAAAAGAGACUGAGCUGUACAUCAGCAGCAUGAGCGCCUCUCCAAGCGUCAAUACCACCAGCAAAGGCUGGGGUUCAGAGUCCCAAGACCUCACCAGAGUACUGCCAAGUAUCUUCCCAGAGGACAGCGUCAUGUUGAAAGGCCAUGAGACCACAAAGGCGGCAAGCUCUGAAGUCACAGUGGUGGUGAAGACAAUAAAUACUAGCGAAAUAGUAGAUUACCCAUCGUGGAUAGUGGAAAGAAAGAAGCCAGUUCCAGCCAGUGGCUCCUCGGCUAAAGAAGCCUCCUCUUCACCCUCUUCAUCCUCUCCCUCCUCCCCUACACCCACUGCUUUUGCAGUGCAGGGGUCUGAACCUAGUGAUAAGCCUAUUCCAACCUGGAGGGCGCACCUGGAUUCUGGCGGCCUGCGACAUCGAAGACCCAACACUCCUGAUAUUAUCCAGAAGGAAAUUGAGCAGGAUCUGAAACGUGAGCAGGAGCUCCGGGAACUGCGAGAAUCCAGUGGCCUGUCCGCCUCUAUGGAAGGAAACUUGGACUGUGUAGAACGAGACGCUAAAGACUCAUAUCAAUCGCAAAGCCUGCAAAGGGUAAUCGUGAAACAGGAAGAGUCUGUCUUCUCUGAGAGCCCUUCACUUCCAGUAGAGCAGACGAGCUUGGCCAGACGGUCCUACUCCUCUAUCACUCCAGUAUCAAUGCUAGGUAGGAUGGUUCAGUCAAUUUAAUCAUACACAAAUCUAUACAAUUACAAGACUAUGUAACUGAGGAAUUAUUCAUGAUGGCAAUAUCAUAUUCUUGUUUUUGGCUUGAUUUAAGCAAAUGUCUACAUGCACCAAAUGUCUUCACAAUUCUAGCUUUAAUGGAUGUUGCAUAACAUUAUUGUUUACUGUUGGCUUUCCUAGACUGGAAGAAAUGACAAACUUAAUUAGAACCUGAACUUUGGUCAUAUAUGGGCAGAGGAACCAAUGCGGUGUUACCAGCCAUGAUUAAUCAUUGACACAAAGGAUAUUAUUUUGCAUCCAAAAGGCUGAAAUAAGACAAAAACAUUGCUGCUUUUACUUGGAGUUGAUGCACUGAAAUGUAGUGGUUCAAGGCCCAGUGCGGUCAAAAACGUGAUUUUCCUGUGUUUUAUACAUAUUUACACACAGAGGUUGGAAUGAUACUGUGAAAAUGAUGAUAAUGCCCUUUUAGUGUAAGAGCUGUUUGAAAAGACUACCUGAAAUGUCUGCCUGUUUUGGUGGGACUGAGUUUUGGCCUGCCUGGUGACAUCACUAGGCGGAAAAUUAGUUAAUAGAGCAAUAAGAAAGAGUUCCAAACCCCUCUGCCAGUAAGAGCUAGUUUCAGUUUUCCCCUCCCCACUCAGACCACUCCCACAGCCCUAGCAAAACUCUUGCCUGAGAAAUUGUUCUUAGCUAAGAAGCUUUCUGUUUCUUUUUGACAAUUUUCAUUGAAAACAAUCACAGUAAGGUACUUAAUUAUUACCCAGAAAUGAUUUGAUAUUGAGAUAAAAACGUCUGAACCUUUUUAAGAUCACUCUACAGCCAGUCACAUUAAAGGCCUAAUUCAGCUGUUUUUAUGUCAAUAUCAAACAGUACCUUACUGUAAUAGUUUCCCAUAAAUAUUGUCAAAAAUAAACAAAAAUAGCGUUUUAGCAAAACUUUCUCAAGCAAGAAUUUAGCUAGGACUGCUUGGGAGUGGUCGAGUGGGGAGGGGAAAACUGAAAACUAGCUCUUAUUGGCAGAGAUGUUUGGAACUCUCUUUGUUAUUGGUCUAUUAGCCUAAACUCCACCCAUGCAAAACCUGCUGAUUUAGAAGGUCAUGUGUAGAUUGUAUUUUCAAAUGGCAACUAUGAGGAAAUAACACUGAUCAACUUUUACACUUUCAUAUGCAAAAGUCUGUGGACACCCCUUCAAAUUAGUAGAUUUGGCUAUUUCAGCCACACCCAUUGCUGACGGGUGUAUAAAACUGAGCACACAGCCAUAGACAAACAGAGACAAACAUUGGCAGUAGAAUGGCCUUACUGUGAAGAGCUCAGUGACUUUCAACGUGGUACCGUCAUAGGAUGCCACCUUUCCAACAAGACAGUUCGUCAAAUUUCUGUAAGUGCUGUUAUUGUGGAGUGGAAACGUCUAGGAGCAACAACGGCUCAGCCACGAAGUGGUAGGCCACACAAGCUCACAGAACAGGACCGCCAAGUGCUGAAGCAAGUACAAAUUGCCUGUCCUGUGUUGCAGUACUCACUACAGAGUUCCAAACUGCCUCUAGAAGUAACGUCAGCACAAGAACUGUUCGUCGGGAGCUUCAUGAAAUGGGUUUCCAUGGCCAAGCAGCCGCACACAAGUCUAAGAUCACCAUGAGCAGUGCCAAGCAUCGACUGGAGUGGUGUAAAGUUUGCCGCCAUUGGAGCAGUGGAAACGCCUUCUCUGGAGUGAUGAAUCACGCUUCACCAUCUGGUAGUCCGAGGACGAAUCUGAGAAUGGCGGAUAACAGGAGAAUGCUACCUGUCCGAAUGCAUAGUACCAACUGUAGAGUUUGGUGGAGGAGGAAUAAUGGUCUGUGGCUGUUUUUCAUGGUUCAGGCUAGGCCCCUUAGUUCCAGUGACAGGAAAUCUUAACGCGACAGCAUACAAUGACAUUCUAGACGAUUCUGUGCUUCCAACUUUGUGCCAACAGUUUGGGGAAGGCCCUUUACUGUUUCAGCAUGACAAUGCCCCUGUGCACAAAGCGAGGUCUGUACAGAAAUGGUUUGUCAAGAUCGUUGUGGACCCUGACCUUAAUGCAAUCGAACACCUUUGGGAUGAAUUGGAACGGCGACUGCAAGCCAGGUCUAAUUGCCCAACAUCAGUGCCCGACCUCACUAAUGCUUUUGUGGCUGAAUAGAAGCAAGUCCCCGCAGCAAUGUUCCAACAUCUAGUGGAAAGCCUUCCCAGAAGAGUGGAGACUGUUAUAGCAGCAAAUGGGGGACCAACUCCAUAUUAAUGCCCAUGAUUUUGGAAUGAGAUGUUCGACGAGCAGGUGUCCACAUACUUUUGGUCAUGUAGUGUAGUUUCAUCAGCUGUUGUACAAUAUGAUACAAAACACAGGAAAAACAGAAUUUUGACAGCACUGGGCCUUUUAAAACUAGUGUUAAGGCAAGAUAAUCUAAAAUGUCUACCAGUGUCCAUUUUCAUGGUCAAGUGUGUACAAUGGUAUGACUAUACUUUAGGCUAUCAUUAUGUACAGUGCUUUCAGAAAGUAUUCAUACCCCUUGACUUAUUCCACAUGUUGUUUGUUAGAGCCUGAAUUCAAAAUAGAUUACAUUUAUUUAUUUUCUCACCCAUCUACAUAUAAUACCCCAUAAUGUCAAAGUGAAAACAAGUUUUUAGAUUUUUUUGCAAAUAUAUGAAAUACAGAAAUCUCAUUUACAUAAGUAUUCACACCCCUGAGUCAAUACUUUGUAGAAGCACCUUUGGCACCGAUUUACAGCUGCGAGUCUUUCUGGGUAAGUCUCUAAGAUCUUUCCAUAACUGGAUUGCGCAACAUUUGCCCAUUUUUUAAAAAUUAUUUUCAGAAUUCUUCAAGCUCUGUCAAAUUGGUUGUUGAUCAUUGCUAGACCACCAUUUUCAGGUCUUGCCAUAGAUUUUCAAGUAGAUCUAAGUCAAAACUGUAACUCGGCCACUCUGGAAAAUACACUGUAUUCUUGGUAAGCAACUCCAGUGUAGGUUUGGCCUUGUGUUUUAUGGUAUUGUCCUGCUGAAAGGUGAAUUAAUCUCCCAGUGUCUGGCGGAAAGAAGACUGAACCAGGUUUUCCUUUUAGGAUUUUUCUUGUGCUUAGUUCCAUUCCUUUUUUUAUCCUGAAAACUCCCCAGUCCUUAAUGAUUACAAGCAUACCCAUAACAUGAUGCAGCCACCACUAUGCUUGAAAGUAUGGCACAUGGGACUCAGUAAUGUGUUUUAAAUUUUUUCAUUUUAGUAAUUUUAGCAGACGCUCUUAUCCAGAGUGACUUACAGUUAGUGAGUGCAUACUUACAUGUACUACUUUAGUGACUUGUUGCAAACAGGAUGCAUGUUUUUGAAUAUUUGUAUUCUGUACAGGCUUCCUUGAUCCAUCCUCCGUUUUCUCCUUUCACAACCCUUAAAGUCUAACUGUUUUAAAGUCACCAUUGGCCUCUUGGUGAAAUCCCUGCUUUUUUAUUUUAUUUUUUACCCAUCUACCAAUAGGUGCCCUUCUUUGCGAGUCAUUGGAAAACGUCUCUGGUCUUUGUAGUUGACUCUGUUUGAAAUUCACUGCUUGACUGAGGGACCUUACAGAUAAUUGUAUGUGUGGGGUACAGAGAUGAGGUAGUCAUAAACAAAUUAUAUUAACCACUAUUCUUGCAUACAGUGAGUCCUUUCAACUUAUUAUGUGACUUGUUAAUCACAUUUUUACUCCUGAACUUAUUUGGGUUUGCCAUAACAAAGGGGUUGAAUACUUAUUGACACGACAUUUCAGCUUUUCAUUUUUUGAGUUGUAUGAAUAUUUUUGGCCCCUUAUUUCCCUAAGAUUUUUUUAACAAUUCCGUAUAGCUUAGUAGAACCCCUUAGACAGGGCUUAGACUCUUAUGGGUGAAAUAUGGUUACGCACAUGUAUUGCUCUAAUAACUUUCCACAUACUAUGAACACCGCCUUAAUCAUUCUCCUAGUCAAAAAAGAAAAGGACUCGAGACUACAGUAACUACUGUCCGAUUUCUUUGAUUUAAUAUGGAUUUAAAAAUAAUUAGCAAAGCGAUAGCCAACAGAUUAGAAACCGUUCUUCCCAAAAUAAUACUUUCUGAUCAAACAGGUUUUAUGAAAGGCUGACACUCUUCAGAAAACAACAGGAGCCUCUUUAACAUCAUGCAACUCGCUUCCCAAACUGAUAUUCCUACCGCAGUAGUGACGUUGGAUGCAGAGAUGCCAUUUGACAGUCAAUAUGACCUUCCUGAACUUGGCACUCGAGGAAUUCGAUUUUAGUGUGUGUAUGUGUAUAUAUAUGUGUGUAUAUAUAUAUAUAUAUUACACAGUGAGGGUAAAAAAGUAUUUGAUCCCCUGCUGAUUUUGUACGUUUGCCCACUGACAAAGACAUGAUCAGUCUAUAAUUUUAAUGGUAGGUUUAUUUGAACAGUGAGAGACAGAAUAACAACAAAAAAAUCCAGAAAAACGCAUGUCAAAAAUGUUAUAAAUUGAUUUUGCAUUUUAAUGAGGGAAAUAAGUAUUUGACCCCUCUGCAAAACAUUACUUAGUACUUGGUGGCAAAACCCUUGUUAGCAAUCACAGAGGUCAGACGUUUCUUGUAGUUGGCCACCAGGUUUGCACACAUCUCAGGAGGGAUUUUGUCCCACUCCUCUUUGCAGAUCUUCUCCAGACCUUAAUCCACAGAUUUUCUAUGGGAUUAAGGUCUGGAGACUGGCUAGGCCACUCCAGAACCUUAAUGUGCUUCUUCUUGAGCCACUCCUUUGUUGCCUUGGCAGUGUGUUUUGGGUCAUUGUCAUGCUGGAAUACCCAUCCACGACCCAUUUUCAAUGCCCUGGCUGAGGGAAGGAGGUUCUCACCCAAGAUUUGACGGUACAUGGCCCCUUGGUAUUCUUGGGGUCAUAGGCAGCAUUCCUCUUCACGGCGAGUUGAGUUGAUGCCAAAGAGCUCGAUUUUGGUCUCAUCUGACCACAACACUUUCACCCAGUUCUCCUCUGAAUCAUUCAGAUGUUCAUUGGCAAACUUCAGACGGGCCUGUAUAUGUGCUUUCUUGAGCAGGGGGACCUUGCGGGCGCUGCAGGAUUUCAGUCCUUCACGGCGUAGUAUGUUACCAAUUGUUUUCUUGGUGACUAUGGUCCCAGCUGCCUUUAGAUCAUUGACAAGAUCCUCCCGUGUAGUUCUGGGCUGAUUCCUCACCGUUCUCAUGAUCAUUGCAACUCCACGAGGUGAGAUCUUGCAUGGAGCCCCAGGCUGAGGGAGAUUGACAGUUCUUUUGUGUUUCUUCCAUUUGCGAAUAAUCGCGCCAACUGUUGUCACCUUCUCACCAAGCUGCUUGGCGAUGGUCUUAUAGCCCAUUCCAGCCUUGUGUAGGUCUACAAUCUUGGGACUGACAUCCUUGGAGAGCUCUUUGGUCUUAGCCAUGGUGGAGAGUUUGGAAUCUGAUUGAUUGCUUCUGUGGACAGGUGUCUUUUAUACAGGUAACAAGCUGAGAUUAGGAGCACUCCCUUUAAGAGUGUGCUCCUAAUAAUCUCAGCUCGUUACCUGUAUAAAAGACACCUGGGAGCCAGAAAUCUUUCUGAUUGAGAGGGGGUCAAAUAGUUAUUUCCCACAUUAAAAUGCAAAUCAAUUUAUAACAUUUUUGACAUGCGUUUUUCUGGACUUUUUUGUUGUUAUUCUGUCUCUCACUGUUCAAAUAAACCUACCAUUAAAAUUAGACUGAUCAUUUCUUUGUCAGUGGACAAACGUACAAAAUCAGCAGGGGAUCAAAUACUAUUUUCCCUCACUGUAUGUAUGUAUGUAUGUAUGUAUGUAUGUAUGUAUGUAUGUGUGUGUAUAUAUAUAUAUAUUACACACACAGAAAUGGUUUAAACUUUUCUCUAGCUCCCCACAAGCCUCGGUAAUUACUAAUAAUAUAAUCUCAAGGCCUUUCAAACUACCCUUGGCUGCUGCGGUUCGCCAAAACAGUUCAAUUAUAGGCAUCCGAUCCCCAAACAUAACUCCCAAAAAAGUAUUUACGCUGAUAUUCUGAUGUUCGUACAAGAACCCAAUCGAUCAUUAGAAAACGUGCUCUCGACAAUCAACAUAUUCGGCAGUAUAUCGGGAUAUAAGAUUAACUGGCACAAAUCAGAGAACCUCCUCCAUAAAUCAAUUUAACUGGGACUAGCCAAAACUCUCCCCUGCAGAUGGUAAUUUCUUGGAGUGCAAGUACCGCAUAGGCUAGAUAAAUUAUAUAUAUUUGACAUGAUGAAUUUGCACCAUAUUCAAAAUAACAAUUCCACUUUGACGUAAUGGGGUAUUUUGUGUUUGUGUAGGCCAGUGACACACAAACUCAAUGUAAUCAAUUUUACAUUCCGGCUGUAUCACGUGGAAAAAGUCAAGGGGUGUGAAUACUUUCGGAAGGCACUGUAGUUUCAUGUUGCAUUCAAUCUACAUUUCAAAUGUACUCUUUACAAGCAUGUAUGUGUUAACUCAAUGUUUAUUUCUCUAUUCCCCUCCCGAUAAAGCGGACAGCGCAUCGCCCUUUCCCGCCUCCAUUCGUCCCACUGCUCGUCUUCCCUCCUUUUCCAUAGUGACUGCCCAGCCAUGGGGCUCCCAAUGGCCCACCUCCACUGUGGUGAGCAGGGUUGCCCCUCUGUUGCCUGCUAGCCCAUGGGCAGAGAUGGGUGGCUCCCCUGGGACUCCCACGCAAAAGGGCUUUACCGAAACCCUACUAGAGGACUUUGAAGAGAGGAGAGUCAAACUGAAGCUGGAAGAGAAUGCUGUGAGGAAAUACUGUAUUGGACACAGAGGGAGUUAUUGAUGUUGUCUACAUACAUUGAAAAUCCAUUAUAGACACACAUAAGACAACUUUUAGGCAUAGUUUGGAAAGAAAUACAGCAAUACAAUAUGCCUACAAAAGAGUACUAAUAGUGUUGGAGAAACCAUAUACAUCUUGUGAGAUUUCUCAAUUCAUAGGUUUUAUAUCCUACAAUGAUAGUGUGCUAGUUGCUAAAUUGGACAUUUUCUUUUCUGUUACCUCUAGUAUGCAGGAAUUCAGCCUACUGACGAUGUGAACAAUGAGGUAAUUGGUUGCUUUUCUCUCUGUUGAUAUGCAUUGAAUCACUUGUCAUUUGUCUCCGAGAAGGCCUUUAUCACAGGUCCAAUAUGAUGUUGCUGCUAUUUCAUCCAUUGCAGGUCUUGGAGGCGACCCGUGUCACCAGGCACAAAAACAAGCGGGCACUGCGCUGGGAGGCUGGCGACUACACCAAUGAGGACGGCCAAUGA